AGCAGGCAGCGAAAACUCGCUCCACCGAUAAACUAAUAGUAUCUACAUUUAUAUUUACCUACUGAUAUAUGUCAAAGAUUCUGACAACUAUGGCAACACCAUCCAGGCUUCCUCCAGGAGGACUUCUCGAAAUCGUAUUCUCCUUUGACACUACUGGAUCGAUGUCCUCUAUACUUGAGGAGGUCCAGGGACGGUUACAGGACAUGAUACAACGCCUUCAGGCGGACAUUCCAGGCAUUAGAAUCGGUGUCAUAGCCCACGGGGACUACUGUGAUGAAAAGGUCUUCUAUCUUACAAAGCAACUGGACCUUUGUAGCGACGUCGUAGAACUUUGUAACUUUGUGAAAGGUGUAGAGGGUACUGGUGGCGGCGACGAAGAUGAAUGUUACGAGCUUAUUCUCCGCAUGGUCCGACAAAACUUCUCAUGGACUCCAGCAUCACAAAAAAUUCUGGUCAUGAUUGGAGACGCCAAACCACACGAACCCGAGUAUGAGCUGAAUGUGGACAACAUUGACUGGAGAGCUGAAGUCGCUGAUCUUCACAAUAUGGGUGUUAAGAUAUAUGGCGUACAAGUGUUUGAAAAUGAAGGCAUUGACGACUUCUACAAGACAAUAUCAACAAAUACUGAAGGACAUUACCUCAAGCUCAACGAAUUCUCCAACAUCUGUGACUUCCUCAUGGCCAUCUGUUAUCGGGAAAGGGGCGAUGACCUCUUCUCUGGCUAUGAAGCCGAGGUCCGCGGACGAUAUGGACCGGGUGGUAUUCACAGAGAUCUGGAGGGAUUAUUCGGAACUCUGAGAAAGACUGAUUCAGGUACAAGUGGCAUACACCCAGCGCCGCCAAUUAUUUCACCAUUGUCAACCCCAACCACGACUUCUCCAGCGCCACAACCUUUGAAGGGCGUUCCAAGAAGGACAAAAGUCGACCCGUCUAGGUCAAAGGUCAAUCCAAAGCGUAGAAACGUGACAGUCAAGAAUAUCAAGGACAAACUCAUCUGCAAUGAUGAUGCUAAAAUGAUUCCAAGAGAGAAAACAGCGGAAACCGUAUUCACGUGCAACUGUCUUGAUUGGUCAUCGUGGCGACUCGCAUAUAUCCCAACAGACGUCAAUGAACCUAAAACCAAAAAUGGCUUCAGAAGAAAAUUCAAAGGAACGUGCCACAAACGUAUUCAACUUUUCAGAGACAAAAGCAAAUCUGCUCUUUAUGAGAUAGCAGUACAAACGAAAAGGCGAGGAAAACGGCACGUUAUGUUUUCCAAAGUAAUUUCUGGUACCAUUGAUAACCGUGAAUGGGAAUACAACCUUCUAUUUGGAGCCAAACUCCGACUUCGCAGACAAAUACAAAGUGUUGUAGAGCAAGGCUGCAAAGUAUUUGUGAGGAGAGCAGUUUUAGACAAGAAAGCAAUGAGUGAAGUUGACACGUUAAACAAAUAUAGUUAUGCUUGGAGCAUCCAGAAAGACACACGACAACACAGGCGUGUAGAAAGGAACUAUAUCGUCAUUUCCGGUGAAUGUAUGGAGGAAUGAAUAUUUGAUGACUGACAUGAACAAUGUCGUUUUACUUGGAUGUUUCCGUUAAUUAUAAAGUAAAUUCCAUGUAGUCCGCUUUAUGAUUUUUAUUUUACUGUAGAACGAUAUUUUAUUUGACAUUUUGUUAUAACA